AGAUUGCACCUACAAAAAUGAAAUUGCACCAAAAUUCUGCUGCUGCCACCAACAAACGCUGCUGCCAUCACCAACAAAUGCUGCCACCAUCACCAACAAAUGCCAUUACCAACAAACCACCAUCGCCAACAAAUGCUGAAUCUA